AUGGGCUUCUCCACCAAUGGUGUCUACAAAAUUAAUUAUGAUGGUGCAGUUUUUUCCGAAGUUAACAAAUCUGGAAUAGGUGUGGUGAUCCGUGACAGUUCUGGACAAGUAAUUGCAGCUUUAGUUCAGCAGCUGAGUCAAGCUUAUCAAGCAGUUAAGGUUGUAGCUAUGGCGGCUUCUAAAGCUCUGGAGUUUGGCAACGAGAUUGGUAUUGAUAAAGAGAUUGUGGAGAGGGACUCAGAUACAGUUGUGAAGGCUUUGGGGAAUUUGGAUAAAGGGCUGUCUUCCUAUGGCCUUUUGAUCAAUGAUGAGGGUUUGUUUUCAGUACCGUCUUACUCUCAUACCAGGAGAGAUGGCAAUAGACAUGCUCAUAGUUUAGCUAGGCUAGUUAUAACCAUGUCAGUGUGUACUGUGUGGAUGAAGGAUGUUCCACCCUACACCUUAUAUUUUAUUCAAGCUGAUUUAGUUGACCUUUCAUAA